AUGAACGCCGCCGCUCAAGUCCUCACUCGCCGCAUGGCGACCAUGGGUCCCAGACUCACCACCCCGGUCAGAUAUUCGUCGUCCGCAAUCACCCACAGCGGCAAGAUGUCAAAGCAGGAACGAGGCAUGAUGCGGGGCAUCUUUGGAGCCUGCACCCUAGCCACCGCGACCGGUGUCCUAUAUGCCGCUGCACGAUCCGGCGGAAGACAAAACGCUCGGUUCGCAAAGAAGCGCAACUCCCUUGACAGCACCAAGUGGUUCGCCGAGGGUACCGACAACAGACUGUUCAAGUAG